GUUUAUUAUCAUUAUAAUUAUAUAAGAAGACAAAUUGUAUUUUGAUAUUAUUAAUGAGCAACAUGCGUCAAAAGGAUUUACGCCCCGCACCAGCUCUUAUUGAGUUUAAGGGAAUGAAGUUCCUAAUCACUGAUCGGCCAUCAGAUGUUACCAUACAUCAUUAUAUUAUGGAAUUAAAGAAAAACAAUGUGAAUACUGUGGUUCGCGUCUGCGAGCCCAGCUAUAACACUGAAGAAUUGGAAGCACAAGGCAUCACCGUUAAAGAUUUAGCAUUCGAAGAUGGUACUUUCCCGCCGCAGAAUGUUGUUGACGAAUGGUUUGAGAUUUUAAAACAGAAUUUUAGUAAGAAAUCCUCCUCCUCCUCGCGUGCAUCCUUUUUGAGAAACAAACGUUUUUCACUGCGACAUUCGUUCCGAUUCCAUAAAUCUUCUGCCGAUAAUACCAAUAACAACACCACAACCAAUACCAAGAAUUCCUCUUCUAAUACUACUACUACUACUACAACAACAUCGACAAGUCCAACAUCGACUACUACCUACAACACAAUUAAUAAUAUGCAAUAUCAAAAUUUAAAUAAUACCCUAAUUCACGAUGAAAAAGAUUCAGCCAAUAAUAGUAGGAG